AUGGCCGAACAAGGUGUUACCGUUGUCCUCGGUGCUCAAUGGGGCGACGAGGGCAAAGGAAAGCUUGUCGACAUUCUCUGCGACAAGGCUGAUGUCGUUGCUCGAUGUCAGGGAGGAAAUAAUGCGGGCCAUACCAUCGUGGCCAACGGCGUUGCAUAUGACUUCCACAUUUUGCCGUCAGGUCUCGUAAAUCCCAAGUGCGAAAACCUCAUUGGUUCUGGUGUCGUCAUUCACAUUCCGUCCUUUUUCUCGGAGCUAGCUGCUGCUCAAAACAAGGGCCUCGAUACCACUGGCCGAAUUUUCAUCUCCAGCCGUGCUCAUAUCGUGUUGGACCUUCAUCAAACCGUCGAUGGUCUCGAGGAAGUUGCUCUAGGUAAAUCUAAUGUCGGCACCACAAGGAAGGGUAUCGGCCCAACCUACUCCUCCAAGGCUUCCAGGAGCGGAUUGAGAAUUGAAGAGCUGGACUUGGACAAAUGGGACCAGUUCGAAAAGCGAUUCCGAGCGCUUGUUGCCGGCCUGAAACAAAGAUUUGGGGCGCUGUUGGAUAGCUAUGACGAGGAGAAAGAACUUGCUUAUUUCAAGGAUAUUGCUCCCGUCGUAAAACCCUACGUUGUCAAUGCGAUCCCCUGGAUGAACGAGCGACAACUGGAGAACAAGCGAAUUCUCGUCGAGGGUGCAAAUGCCCUGAUGUUGGAUCUCGACUAUGGCACAUACCCAUACGUCACAAGCUCUAACACCGGUAUUGGUGGUGUCUUCACCGGAUUGGCCAUUUCGCCAUUUAAGAUCCGAGAAAUCACCGGUGUCGUGAAGGCCUAUACCACUAGGGUGGGGGGUGGUCCGUUCCCUACAGAGCAGCUCAACGAAAUCGGCGAACACCUUCAAAACGUUGGCCGGGAGGUUGGGGUGACAACGGGUAGAAAGAGAAGAUGUGGAUGGUUGGAUCUCGUAGUUCUCAAACACUCCAUGAUGGUGAACCACUACACCAGCAUCAAUCUCACGAAACUCGACAUUCUAGACAAUCUACCAGAGAUCAAGGUUGCCGUGGCCUACCGACUGCCAGAUGGCACUGAAAUUGAUGCAUUCCCCCCUGACCUGUCAAUCCUUAAGAAGAUUGAGCCGGUUUACGAGACAUUACCGGGCUGGUCCUCGAGCAUUGCCAAUUUGACUUCUUACGACGAUCUUCCAAAGGAAGCGAAGGACUACAUUGAAUAUAUCGAGAAAUUCAUAGGGGCUCGGAUAGGCAGCGUGGGGGUCGGCCCAGCGAGAGACAACAUGCUUUUUAGGUGA